GGUUUGUGGUUAGUACUGCCUCAAAUCUUCCAUUCAGACACUCUCUACCUCUUUCUCCCACCGAAAAUCGUCGCCGGAAUCCUCCAAGACCUCGCCGGUGACUUCUCCUCCCUCUAUUCCAUCUGUUGAUCGACAAAAUAGGCCGAUAAAUUUCAUGAAUUUUGGCAUCUGGAGUAAAGGGUGUUCUUGAAACAAGCAAGCAAUCAUGGAUACUGUCUCUCAGUUGCAAAGACAGUUUGUCGAAUACACGGCAUCUUUGUAUCGUGAGGGGUAUCUUGAUGAUCAGUUUACGCAGCUUCAGAAACUGCAAGAUGAGAGCAACCCGGAUUUUGUUGUGGAAGUUGUGUCCCUUUUUUUCGAAGAUUCUGAAAAGCUUCUCAACAAUUUGACCACUGCGCUUCAUCAAGAGAAUAUCGAUUAUAAACAAGUAGAUGCUCAUGUGCACCAGUUCAAGGGUAGUAGUUCCAGCAUAGGUGCACAACGCGUGAAGGAUAUGUGUGUCGUCUUCAGAAAUUACUGUGACGAGAAAAACCUUGAUGGGUGUGUCGUAUGUCUGCAACAAGCGAAAAACGAAUACAUCCUCGUAAGGAACAAACUCGAAGCGUUGUUCAAUCUUGAGCAACAAAUCUUACAAGCCGGUGGAUCGGUCCCUAUGAUGGUGUAGGUGCGACGUCAAUCAUAGAAGCUUGUCGGUAUAGCGGUUUUGUAUGAAACUAUAAUCGUUUCGAGAUUAUGUGAAUAAUGUUAUAUUUGUCUUCUUUUGUCUAAGACUUAAUGUAAGAUUUUCGAUCCAUUUAAUAACCGGUUUUGUUUGAUUUAA